UGGAGCUGAACGUGUCCACAAGUCAGGAUGAAUAGAGGCUGCUGGAAACUGACCCUGGUUGUUCUGGUGCUGCUGAUCAGCACAAACGCUGAAGCAUCAUUUUCCUGCCACAUGACGGACUUCAUUAAGGCUGUAAAGCAGGUGGAAGACUGGGACCCUGGCUCUGAGCCGGCGGCUGUGUUGAAGAAGCUGCGCAGGGCGGCUGGUCUUAACGAUGCAUUCAUUCAGAACUACCUUGGAAAUGCUGACGUCAGUGGCUCCAAACUGGACCGUAACCUCUCAACUUACAUCCGCCAAGUUGUUCACCACAGAGUGCUGGAGGACUCCAGAGAAGAGGGAGUGGUUCUGACUCUCGAUGGUACCACUGUUGCCCUCGGACCGCUCCUCCUGGGUCUGGAGGCUGGCUUCUCCAAGGCUCGCGCUGCAGGCCUCUACCAGCUGACUCUGGCUAAAGAUCUGGGCCUUGCUCUCAGACACAGCUCUCCUGAAGCACAUCGUUUCGGGCCAGAUGGUUGCUGGGACAACCUAACCUCUCCUCAAGUCUUCACCCUCUCAGACAAACCGUCCCUAUUAACCACAGCUCAGGUCAACGGUGGUAUGGAUGGCGUGGUACUGGGGAGGGAGGUUUCUGCCAAUUCCAGAGGUCCUCUCAAGCUCAGCAGCCUCCUGACAGAGUACUACAGCCAGCAGCUAGGCAGCAAGGGAAUGGAUGGAGCGCCGCGUCUCAUCAGCCGACGUCGCAGGGAGAACUUUAAAACCAUUGUCAACCCAUUGUUGUUGGCCAGACAUGUGGUGAAGUCAGUGAACCUGCAGCAGACACUGGAAGGACACGCAAAGAUGGCGGCCAAGAAGAAGCAGCUGAUGGCUGUGGUGAAGAAGGCAAUGAAAGAAUUUGUCCACGUGUACCUGGAUUGUCCGCCCUUCAUUCCUCGCUGUAUGUGGGGGGCAGAGCCAUACAGAGGGACACCCACCAACCUGACCCUGCCUCUGUCCUUCAUGUACAUCCAUCACACCCACACUCCGAGCCAGCCCUGUCUGACCUUUGAGCAGUGCUCUGCCGACAUGCGCUCUAUGCAGCGCUUCCACCAGCAAGACAGAGGCUGGGAUGACAUUGGAUACAGCUUUGUCGCCGGCUCUGAUGGGUUCAUCUAUGAGGGUCGAGGGUGGCACUGGCAAGGAGCCCACACUUUAGGACACAACUCCAAAGGUUACGGAGUUUCCUUCGUUGGAGACUACUCCGCCCGGCUGCCAUCGCAGCACUCCAUGGAGCGGGUGAGAGACCAGCUGGCGUCCUGUGCUGUAGGGGGUGGGCGGCUGGUGCCCUCCUUUACUGUGCAGGGUCACAGGCAGGUGGUGAACACAGCCUGUCCAGGAGAAGCGCUCUACCAAGAGAUCCAAGGCUGGGAACACUUUGGGGAGGUGAAGAACUGAAAAGCAUCUGGGUGAGAAGAAGAGAGGGGCUUCGAUCUCAAACCACAAACAAACAAUAAACAAUAAAUAUUCUUCCUGUU